UCCACUUACAGUUCUAACUGCAGUCCUGGACUGAGACAGUCCGGGACUGCAGUUAGAACUGUAAGUGGAUGGGGAAUCCGGCAGGCGAAUCGUUGGACUGUCAACUGUCGCACGGUGCGACAGUUCAACGAUCGGACUGCAGGCGGAACUGCUAGUUAGUGGAGGCUCCCGUGACAGGCCACAGUCGACAGUCCAAGCUGCGAGAUAUGCGCAUGCGCUAGCUCAGCUGCUCCGUGUCGGCCUCAUGCGUCAUUGAGUGGUGAGCGUUUGGUGGUUGCGCAUUGUUUUGUUUGUGACGCGGCAAUCAUGGCCAGUUGGUCGAAGGAUAAUCUUUUACAGUUUAUAGAGGAGUUUAGGAAACAUGAAUGUGUAUGGAAGGUUAAGUCAAAAGACUAUCACAAUAGGGAAAAGAAGGAAGCAGCCCACCGUAGUUUACUAUUAGUAGUGAAAGGGUUUGACAGUACUGCAACAAAAAGCGAUGUGUUGAAGAAGAUAAACAAUAUCAGAAGUGCAUUUCGUAAGGAACAAAGAAAGGUAACAGCCUCUCAACGUUCUGGCAGUGGUACAGACGAUAUAUAUGUACCAAAGCUGUGGUACUACAGAGAACUUUUGUUUCUUAUUGACCAGGAAGAAUGUCUAGGAGGGACUUCCAACUUAGGAGAAGGAAGAGUCAGUGAAGACGAGGAGAUGCUGGACGAUUCACAAAAAGAACCAUUAGAUGCUGAGGAAAAUGUACCAGCGCCCCAAUCUCUACAGAAUCCUCCUCAAGUUGCUCGAACCGCUUCCAAUAUUACCUCUGCAACACCUGAACCUAAAGAUUCUUUUAAACGGCAAAAAAAAUUGUCCCCGUGUGAUCAAGUCUUGGUUAAUAUUGGACAACGACUGGCAACAACAAAAGAAGAAGAUCACUACGACGCCUUUGGGAAAGAACGUUGCUCAAAAGCUGAGAUUGCUGAACAAUGA